AUUUUCAUCUGCAGUCAUUUUCGGACUGCUAUUUAUUUCCAUUGUAAUAAUUCUAUUUUUUCAGCUUUGAUGAAUAAAAAAAAGAACUACAACCAUUGUAUGGUUGUACCGUCUGUAUCUCCCGCCCGACCCCCGCUGUGCAACUAGCUAAGUAGUCUCUCAGCUAUUAAGAGCAAAUUACCCUAAGGCUGCGUGCUUGAAAGUCCUAUAGAAAAUCUCCGCUAAUAUUUAUAUACAUUUCGAGUCCUCGUGUAUCUACACGAUCCUCAAGAAUUUUGUUUGUAUUAAUGCAAAUUCCCCUCAAAAAUCUGCAGUCACUCUUGUAUUUAUUUUCCACUUGAAUCUUAAAAACCCAGAAUACAUAAUCUCUCUUUUUUAAUUUUUUUUUAUCUUACUUCGAAUGAAUCUCAGUUAUUUAGGUACUGCGAAUGAGGGUGUUAUAACAUUACCCAUCACAAAUAUCCUAGUUUUUAUGGAAUCUGAAGAUCAAAAUAUAGUAAAACUAUGUCCCAAUUUCCUGGAUCUCCCCCCAGUAAUAAUCUCAGAGAUUUUUAAGCAUCUAGGUCCUAAAGAAUUAUCCCAAGUAUCCUGUGUUUGUACUCUAUUCUUCAAGCUCUCAUUGGAUUGCCUCUCAUGGAAGGACUUUUACUGCCACAGAUGGCAGUUGCCCCACUUUACUCACCCACAAACGAAAACAUGGAGGGAACUCUACAUGGACAGACAUACUGGCAGCAAAGCUUUCAUGGGGAGCUACACAAUAGACAGCCUCUAUGGUCACAUGGAAGGAGGAGUCAAAACUGUGCGCAUAGUUCCAUGCCUUAAUCUAAUAAUUACAGGAGGCUAUGAUAGGAUAGUGAAAAUUUGGAACCUGGAGGAAGCCCUGCCAAUUAUGAGCUCAAGGCCUCUUGAUUGCACAAUCAGAGACAUUGAAGCAGAUGUGAGUAUUCUUGUAGUUGGUGGUGAUGACUCAUCUAUAAGAUGCUGGAGAGCUGCAACAGAGGGAAUUUCGAUGAAUAAUGUUUUUGAUAUUUGUAAGGAAAGCUGUGAAAUUUGCUUGUGGGGACACACUGGGCCUGUUAUUUGCCUUGGGCUGGAUGGUCAAAGAAUAUAUAGUGGAUCUUGGGACAUGAGCAUUAGGGUGUGGGAUAGAGAGUCUAUGAAGUGUGUUAAGGUAUUGAUGCAUAUGGAUUGGGUGUGGUCAUUGGUUGUUAGGGGUCCCAGGGUUUUUAGCGCUUCCGGGAGUGAUGUCUAUACUUGGGAUGUGGAGAGUGGGGAACAGAUGAGGGUAAGGUGUAGGGUCCAUUUGGGUCAGGCUUAUUCUGUGCAAUGUAGUCAAUCAGGUGAGUUUUUGUUCACUGGAGGGGAGGAUGGGGUUAUUCAUAUGUUUGAUGAACGUUCUGGAAACUCAGGAGGACAAGAAGAAAAGGCACCUGUGGCCUCUUGGGUUCCUCAUUCCGGCCCUAUUUAUGCUCUUGCAUUUGAGGAUCCAUGGCUUGUUUCUGCAUCUGGAGAUGGCAAAUUAGCUGUGAUGGAUGUCAGGAAACAUGCCAUAUCAACUGCAGAUUGCAGUGAGGCAAAUAUGGAGAAAAAAUUUCACCUCCUGUCAAAGCAAACGUCAGAAAAUAAACUGCAGCAUAUAGAAUCCCCACAGCGUAUGUUCCAUGGGUUCCACAGAAAUUUGUACUCAGUAGACAUUGGUGCGGAGAGAAUUGUUUGUGGAGGAGAGGAGAAAUUUGUGAAGAUAUGGGAUUUCUCACAGGCACUUGAGAUAGAAAGGAGAGUGCAGGCCUCAAGAAUCAUCCAAUUUGAUAAUUCAAAGAGGAAGAAAAAGCAAGGUGCUUCUCCCUACAAAGGAAAGCAGCCAGAAGCUUGUAACAUAUUAGCCAAUAGAAACAAUAAAUAUGUGGCUGGAAGUCGAGUCUGGCAAAAGGGCAAUCAUAGAAACAAAGUUAAAAUGGAGACUAUUGAGAGUCAAUACUCAUGAAAUUUGGCACCUCAGAUCAACUUUAUCCAUUCCCAUACAUUGUGGAAUUCUUAUGGUUACUGAACAAGCAACUCAACCGAAUUUCAUCCUUCUACUUUUUCAUUAAAACAAAGAAGGAAAACUAGAUAAUGCAACUUUUGUUCCAGCAAGCAUAUGAGCACUUCUAUUCUAGAAUGCUUGUAAUAAAAGGAGCUUGAAAGAGAUUUCACGCUUCUUGAUUUGGCGAAAUAUUGAAUAAAUAAUGGGACAAUGUGCAAAGAUAUGAAUGUUAAGACAGAUAGAUUGUAUAACGGAGUAACAGCCACAUAGCAGAGCAUUGGGAUUUGUUGGUUUAAAUAACUAGAUAGAUCCUUGUAAAGAUAGCUUCGAUGAGAAUUCAGUGAUGCCUUUAUUGCUUCAAUGAACUUGAGAUACUACAUUUGGCAAGAAGUUAAAAUUAUGAGUCAUGUACAGUACCUGUAGAUGUGUUCUAUGAAUGCAUAUAUUUAUAUUGCUACAAUUCCCUGCAA